GUGACGUCAGCGGCGUUGUUGCACAGUCACUGCGGCCGUUGGACAGUCGGACUGUAAACAAGGCCUCCUCCUGCUCCUCCUGCUCCUCCUGCUCCUCCUGAUCGAUACUCUCCCUGCUCCCCCGCAGCAGGAGACUUCGAUUACACCGUUUAUUCAUCCACGCGCAGUGUUUUUAGUAAAUAACGGGGUUUUUUUUCCCGCGGAGACACAAACACGGAGCUAGCCUGUCAAGUCCCGUUAGCUUAGCCGUUAGCCUGUGCGCUAGCCUCGGUGGCUAGCUGACGUCCAGCGGGGUAGUACCCUUUAAUGCCCCGGGUUCCCUCUACUGCCCCGGGUUCCCUCUACUGCCCCGGGUUCCCUCUACUGCGACCAGGAGACCCUCCACCCUGGGUGGCUGGUCAGAGCGGCCUCCUCCCACCAUGGAGGCAGGAGGGAAGGACUGUGAGGAGGAGACACUGCAGACGGCCUUUAAGAAGCUGAGGGUUGAUGCUGAGAGUUUACCCGGAGCUGUGAGUGUUUCAGAGGUGUUGGCUCCCAGAGCGGCGUCGCGUGCUUGUCUCGACGCCAGCGGAGCGAAGCCCAAACUCGGCUGCCCGAAGGACAACUGGCACGGCUGUAUGAGGAAAACUUCCAGAGGAGCAUCCAGAACCCAGCGGCGCCGCAGGUCUAAAUCCCCCAUCCUCCACCCUCCGAAGUUCACCUACUGCAGCACCAGUGCGGCUUCGGCCCUGUCGACCGCCAGCGGCUGCCUGAAGCACCAGCGCCUGGCCGUGCCCGAGCCGGUGGAGCCGCGUCCCGCAGUCGAUGGAAGACCGGCGUCCUCUGUAGCUGUCGCGGCCCAGAAAGAGCUCUCUUCUUCAGGCGCUCCCGGCCACCUGUCCCCUCUGGUGUUUGGAUCUCGUGCUGGGUAUGAGACGCGUAUCGGAGCUGUGGUUUCCCCCCGAGAGAUCCCCGCUGUUGUCACUACUGCUGCCACCUCAACCAGGCCGGAUGGAGGAAGCUCUGGGGAAGCCCAGUCGAGCGAGGAGAGCGGCCCGGAGAAAAGUGCCUGUGACGGAGCAGAGUCUGGAGCCGGAGCGCCUCGGAUAUCGGGACCCGCAGACGCCGCCGACUUCCGAGUUUUAUCAGAGCUCCACAGCAGCGGCUCGGCAGAAGGCCCCCACAUUCCCUGCUCCUGCGCCUGGAGAAAGGGGUCCGACUCCCAGGAAGAGAGCGAGCAGGGGGCCGAAUCUCAGUGCCAGUGCCGGUCCAAUCAUCAGGGCUGGGCUGGCGUCGAGGUGUACUCCUUCACGGGGCUCCGCAACGUCAUCUCCGAGUGCGAGAGGAGUCUGCCGAGCCACGAGGACACGCCCAGAACUCUCAGCGCCAACAGUAACGCCGCUGCGGCUUCCUCGCCGUCGUCGCUGUCGUCGGGCUCCCCUCGCUCGUGCUCGGAGCAGGCGCGCGCCUACGUCGACGACAUCACGAUAGAGGACCUUUCUGGCUACAUGGAGUAUUAUCUGUACAUCCCCAAGAAGAUGUCACACAUGGCUGAGAUGAUGUACACUUAAAGAAAGAUUAUUAUUAGAAUAUCAUAAGGAAAUAAGAAAGGUAAAGAGGAUCUUUUUGUUGUUGUUGAUGGAAAUUGACCUCAAAGGAAUGUCAGUAGUGGGUAGAAGUACAGAUCAGGCAUGAAAUUUAAAUAUACAACAUUAACUGAUUUAACCCAGGUUGAAAUGUCCCCCCCCCCGUUUCAAUCAAACUGACAGAAGCAAAUUACCACCAACUAUUUCUCGUUAGUUUUGACCUUUCACCCCUUCCUUCCUCCCUUUUUUUGUGCUACAUUUAAAUUUAAUUUUCAGUUUACAGAUGAAGUUGCCAAAGCUCUUGGUGUGCAGGCUCCUGCAGGAGGAGUAAUAGGAACUUGUGCUGCCAGGUGUUUGUGGUGGUGACCUUGAAUGUCACCUGUCUGGAUUUCAUUUCAUUCAAUAAAGAAGCAAACUGUGUUUGUUGGAACGUU